AAGUACUCAAAUUUACCGAUAUAACUUUGAGAUUGUGCUAUAAUUUGUGUACCGUUUUAUAACUUUAAAAUUUAACAAAAAGUAUAAAACAAGAAACGAGGCAGUUUUUCUCCCUCUGCACUGGAAUAACCAUAACGAUCAAUAUAAAUGGGUAGAUUUUUAAUGUUUUUCUCGUAUGUUGGCUCAAGAUACAGGCAAGUAAAUGGACUUGGUCACUCAUAAUGAUGUUGAACCGUUGCCGUUGUUGUUUUUGAACUUGAAGUCAGGUUAAUUUAAAUUCUAUGUAAUGUAGGCCUAUUAAAUACGGUAAUCUACCACUUGAGCGUCGGCCAAGAAAAAAUCCAGCUUUCUGGUUGGUAGGGCUAUUUAAACAACUAUUCUUAUAUUAUUUUUAAUGACAUUGGUUGUACGUAUUCAUUCCCAUAGACAUUUUUUUUUUUUAAAUAGAAAAACUAUAACAAUUUUUUUUGAAAUAGAAGAUAAUGUGUGAAUAUGGAAUUAUGCAUAGUUCUCCCCCAAGUUGACAAUGAAGUUUUUAAAAAUAUAAUUUUCACGAAAACAGUUGUGGUACAUGAAUCACGUAAAAAUGAAGGGGAAAGACCACCGGCGCUUCUUGUGCCAAACUGUCUUUUCAGUUUAAGCUUUUUGAGUAUUCACGUUUUCCACAUUCUGUGUGUGGACAUCUGCGUCAUCUGGAUCCCAAAAAAAAGUAAUAAUUGUAGUCUCCUUUUCUUCCUGGCAUAUCGGUAGCUUGGCAGUAAUAAUUAUUUAAAUGUAUUAGUAUUGUGGUAUAUAACUUAUAGCCUAUAUGAAAGCAAAAAUAUUAACAGACUGCAAUGCAAGAAUAGUUUAAAUAGCCCUUCCAACCGAAAUAACUGGAUUUUUUCUUGGCCGACGCUCUCAAGUGGUAAAUUACCUUAAAUACUACUAUUAUUAAGGUUCUUUUUUUUUUUUUUUUUUUUUUUUUUUUUUUUUUUUUUUUUUUUUAGGGGGGGGGGGGGGUAUUUUUAUUAGGAGGAGAAAAAAAAAGCUGGGGAUUGAACUUCUAGGUACUUAAAAACUAGUCAACGCAUCGAUCUGCGAUGUCCAAAAGUGUCAAAAAAACUUGUUCUACAAUAUGGCGUACUGCUUCAUGGUUUCUUUGGAAAAUUGCAUACUACGUCACCUUUGUUUAUUAAAUAAUUGCUUUCCUCAUCAGUGACGUAUCAGUUUUUGUGUUCCGGUGAUUAUAUUAAAUUUAUACUAUGAGUUGUUUGUUUUUUUUUUGUGUUACGGACAGGAACAACGUAACCAUUCGGUAAGUUUAUCACAUAAUACUUUUUUGUUAUUUAUGGAUUUAGAAAGCUGUUUAGCAUUUUAGAACCUACAUUCAUUCGUGAGAAUUAACAUAUUUAAAUUAUUAAAAUCUGCCUUCUCCUUGAAAAGUUAUGCCUCCCCCUAAAGUGUAGGUUGGGGGUAUGAAAAUGUCUUGUCAACUAUAUUGAGCAUAUCACAAUCUCCUCGAUUAUGAUUUCUUCAUGAACAUCUACAUACAGUUCAUUAUCAACACCAUUGACUUGCUAUCAUCAACUUUGUCAUUUCCUGCUAACAAAUAGUUAACCUUAUCAAAUGAUUCAUGGACAUAGGCAUUACUCUUUAUGGUAUCAAAUGUCCUAUAAAUAAAUUCAAUAAAUGAAAAUAAAGCACUAGCGUUAUUUAUCACUACCAUUGAAUCAACGGACUAAAUGUGCAUCAACACUGCUCUGAAUUGCAAUGUACUUGGUAAUCAUAUUUUUAUCGUCAGCACUUUGGGACUAUUACAUUUUUUUUAUCAAUUUUGUCAAUUCUUUGCACAUACUAUGGACUAAAUCAUGACCCAUAUUAUCAUUAUGGAUUAAAUCAACAUCAGUUUUAUGUACCGGAGUCAAUAUGUAUCAAUUAUAAGACCAUCUCCAUGUUUGCUUGGUGAUUACCAGUGCUCAUAAAUUACAGCAUAAACAAUAAUUUUCAUCAAUAUCAUCUCUUUUAUGGACCAAAAAUCAGUUAACAAAUAAAAAAUAAAUUAAACUAGUGAAAAAGCAAGUUGCUGCUGCAAAAUUACACCAAUGUGUCUCACUUUUUCUUAGUGGAGAGACCCGUUUUGAACAAAAAAACUGCCCAACAUAUAAUCCUUUUCUCUUCUAUGGUCAUGUGGCAGCUGGACCUACACAAGUACACAUUCACUGGAAAAUCAUAUCACAGAUAUGGCCAUGAUAGAAAUGGACUAUCAAUUUCAAAAUAUCGUAAAAUUUGUGUAAUGGCCAUCUUUAAUGUCUGUCUUUAGGUCAUGUUGACUGAUUAUUCCUUUAAAAAUCCUAACUUUUUAAAAACAAACAAGUUUACACGUUAAUUAAAGGAUAAAACCAGAUAAAACACAAAUGUGCCCCCUCUGCAGGCAAAUAAAACACCAGCGUGCCCCUUCUACAGACAGAUAAAACACCUGCCCCCUCUGCAGACAUCCACGUGAGACAGUAACACCCCUUCCACUGCCCAGCACUUCAGGACUUAUGCCUAAACCAUCUACAGAAAAUACCAGACUUUGCCAACACCCUGAACACCAACAAGAAACAUCUGCGGAGAGUGUGUCAAUUCUUCGCCAUGGCAGCAGGCAGAAGGGCACAGGCCACUGGACCUGAAUGAUUAUGAUGACACAUUAUUUUUUUUCUAUUCAAUCGUAACAACAGGAUCUUUGAGCAUGCAGUUUCCGAAACGCCCAGCGGCAACUUAAAUUUCAUUAUAAGCCAAUCUAAAUUGUAUUGUUUGAUUUCAUUCGAUAUUGCAAUAAAUAAAGAAUAAACUACAUGAAGUCAUUUCUCUCCUCUUUGCCAAAUGUCAACCCUAGUGGUGCAAAGCCCAUCCACAAGUUUUUUCCAUUGGUCUCUGCUCUGAGUUAUUCUUUACAGCUUAUUCCACUUCUUGAUGUUUCUCUUAUAUUUUAUGUCCCUGUUCCCCCUCCAAUAUGUUAUGCAGUAUUCCCGUCUUUAUUUAUACAAUAUUUUCCGGUGUAUGAGAUGACUUUUUAACCCCAUGAAAAUCUUUUCAAAAGUCAGGGGUUGUCUUAUACGCCAGGAAUUGUCUUAUAAGCUGAUAUAUGGCGUGCUUAAACUUCAGGGACAGGCGCCAAUUCAAAUAGCACAGAAUAAUGCGGCUCGCAUAGUUCUCCGCAAACGAAAAUUUGACCAUGCAAAAACACUUCUGAGAGAGUUGCAUUGGCUGCUGGUGCGUGCUCGCAUAGAGUACAAAAUCGCAACUUUGUGCUACCGCUGCUUACAUGACCUGGCGCCGUCCUAUCUGAAAGAGCUGCUGACGCCUUAUGUACCCACUAGAGAGCUCCGCUCAUCCAAUAGUGGCAAACUCUCGACAUCACGUGUUUGCCUUGAGACUUACGGAAAGGGCACUUUCCCAUUUGCUGGUCCAACAAUUUGGAACGCCCUUCCAGUCGAUCUCAGAAACAACCAGACACUGGAGUCCUUUAAAACCGAUCUAAAGACACAUCUAUUUCGCAAAUACCUUCUGGGAUGAUUGUCUACCUUAUUUUCCAGUUAAUGCAUAAUGGCUGUGUUGCUCCGGGUUGAAAUGGCUAGAAAGACUUUGCCAUUGUAUGCUUGUAAUUAGUUUUUGUAGUGUUGCGUUUGUUUUAAAUGUGGUAAAUUAUAGAUAUGUUUUUUGUUGACUUUGUACCGCGCUUCGAGCCUUUGGGGAUGAAAGUCCUUUAAAACCGAUCUAAAGACACAUCUAUUUCGCAAAUACCUUCUGGGAUGAUUGUCUACCUUAUUUUCCAGUUAAUGCAUAAUGGCUGUGUUGCUCCGGGUUGAAAUGGCUAGAAAGACUUUGCCAUUGUAUGCUUGUAAUUAGUUUUUGUAGUGUUGCGUUUGUUUUAAAUGUGGUAAAUUAUAGAUAUGUUUUUUGUUGACUUUGUACCGCGCUUCGAGCCUUUGGGGAUGAAGCGUGUUUUUGAAAUGAACUUUAUUAUUAUUAUUAUUGUCUUAUCCUUCUUUUCAGCUUUAGAGUGAAUUAGGAAAAGUUUAAUCCACUUGCACUGUUUUAUGUUUACAUGUUUGAUGACAAACAGCCUUAUGUUUAUAACUGACAGUUUUCCUUCUAAGUACCUGCAUGUCAUAAGCAUUUGAAUUAAAAUUACCAUAUCGAAAUCAAAUCUGAUGUUUUUUUAAUUUUAUUUGGAGUGCAUUGGAAGAGGGGUAGUCUCACAUGGUGAGUAUAGCCCAAACUCUACAUUUUAACAGGAAAAGUAGGGGGUCGUCUUAUACACCCAGUUCUCUGAUAUGUCGAAAAAUACAGUAUAUUCUUGCGGAUCCCAAGUGGGGACUGUAGAAUUAUUUUAUUUGUAUUUCCCGUGUCGUGUGUACAAUGUACAUGCCUUAAAGUUGUACACUAAGCUCAAUUUAAAUUAAGCUGAAUUAAAUUAAGGGAACUAUGCCCACUAAUUUUCAACUGUGGUGUUUUCAAUAUUUUAAGUGAAGUUAUCAUUUAAUUACAACUUUCACGCCAUUUCAGGGGACUCCAGCGACAAAAUGCAUUAGUGAAAGGUGAUCCUAUUCCAACUAUUGAAGGAGCCUUGCAUGUAAGUUACCUUAAAUCUCUCCUCCCACCUCCCAACCCAACUGAACCCCACAACCAAACCAAACUCCCAUGGUUAUUAAGAAGUCUGUGUAAUAUUAGACUACUCAGGUUCUCUGCAAAGCAACUUGGCUGAUGAACAACAGAACAAGCGAAUUUUUGCAUUCUAGUCAGCUAAGGUCAUUGCUAUCUCAUUUAUUUCAUCCAUACAAGUCAUUCAGAAUAAUAUUUCCAGGGGUUUUUUUAAAUAUUUUAUUCACAGCUAAUUAUUUAUCCAUUCAAUGCUAUUUAUGUCCUUUCCCAGCAAGCCAUGACAGCUUUGCAACCUGCUAACAGUUUCAAAAUUGUAUUAUCGAGUCGUACUGACAGUGGAGUGCAUGCCAUUAAGAACGCAUGUCAGGUUGAUUUGACCUUUCCGUGAGUUAUCUUUAAGUCUUUUUUUUUUUUUUUUAACAAACUUUUUCAAUACUUGUUCAUAUUUCCUUUUUUCCACUCCCUUUACAUUCUACUUGUUUAUUUCAAGUUUCAUCUCUUUUUAGCCCAUUUUGUAACCCCUAUUUAAAUGUCAAAGAACGCAUGUCAGGUUGAUUUGACCUUUCCGUGAGUUAUCUUUAAGUCUUUUUUUUUUUUUUUUAACAAACUUUUUCAAUACUUGUUCAUAUUUCCUUCUUUCCACUCCCUUUACAUUCUACUUGUUUAUUUCAAGUUUCAUCUCUUAUUAGCCCAUUUUGUAACUCAUAUUUAAAUGUCAAGUAGUUUGGUGCAAAAUAUAUAUAUAUAUAUAUUUUUUUUUUUCUCUUUAAUAAUUGGUGAAAUAAAUCUGCAGUGUAAAACGGAUGGGACAUAAUAAAAAAUUCAUACAAAAGAUGUAUAAGAUAAACUAUGUUUUUUAGGGGUUGUUAAAUUGUUCAAUGUCUUUUCUGAAAUUAAUUUUUUUUAAAUCAAGUAAAUUAACAUAACAUAUAUAAUAAUGGAAUACUUUAAAAAUUUUGUUUGUAUAGAAAAAAUAUUCACACUUGAGCAUACUUUCUUGGGAUAGGGCUUAAAUAAAAGGGAUCCUCAAUGACAUCUGAUUUUUAAGUAUAUGCCUUAUCUUUAUCCAACUUAAUGAUUAAUGAGAAUAAAAUUUACAGCAUUGUCCGGAGGUUAAAUUGUCCCUUAAUUGUUGCACAAGGCUUUAAACUUGAGAAAUGGCACAAAAAAUGGACCGCCCUCAGUCGACUAUGAGAACAAUUUUUUUGUUACGUUUGUUAUGAACUAAAAUCUUUCUAAUUAGCAUAUUAUUUUUAAUUAGAAAAACAAUUAUCUGAAAUAUUUAUAUAGAAAAAAAUGUAUCCCAACAAUGCCAAAACUAUGAUAUAACUACCAUAACUUAUUUCUUUCCCAUCUCCUAUUAAUAUCUCUGAAUGAUUUUUUUCUAAAGAGAGGAAGGAAAGGAAUAUGAACCAUCCAUAAUAACAAGCGUUGUCAACUACCAUUUGAGAAGAAGAAAAGAUGAUGUCAGGUAAGUUGGUGUUGAUACAGUGAUCGUAAAAUACAGCAGUAUUUCGUAGUAAUGGCGUAAUUGGGAAAGGACCCUCACCGUUAAGUGAAAAACGAUGGCAUGUGAAUAAAGUUUUUUUUUAUGUGCCCGCAAGUGCCUGUAAGCAAAAUUACGUACCAUGUGCUAAUAUAUAGCAAGUGUCCAAUAACCCUUAGUAUAAAACAAUGAUAGAAAGGGAACUGUACAUGGUGUUUACAUAUAUACAUAUAUUUAGUACAUACUGUGCAUGAUGUGCAACUGAAAAAUAAAUAGAAAUAUAAAAAUUUAAUUUGAUUAUUGCAGGCGGAGAUUUUAGAGUGCUGUUAUUCAAAAAUAUUGUUAAGAGAGUAGCUGUUAUUGCAAGGUGCCUCUGUAUAACCCCAGAAUACGAGAAAUAUAAAAUUUAAAAAGUUGCUGUAAUUUAGUCUGCUUUAACCUGCUAACGUCUUAGUUAAUUAGUUGUUUUUUUUAAACAGUUUUUGAAAUACUAACAUACUAACUUUAUUAUAAAUUAUGUUUUCAUCCUCCAGAGUGCUUGAAACAAAACGAGUACCUGACAGCUUUCAGUGUCGUUUCAUGGCCCAGGGUAGGGAAUAUGUUUAUAGACUGGCAUUUCCAAAGCAGCAAGAACUAAUUGAUGAAAGGCCAGUCCAACUCACACUUUCAUUUGAUUACAAUUGCUAGUCUUGACACCUAUGGAAAAAUCUAUAUCUUAAUUUAAUCUAGUGUACCUGAAUCAAUUAAUUAGAGCAUAAUAUUUAUUCAGCAAAACCAUUGACACCUAGAAUAAUUAUGUCUAUACCAUCCCUGACCAUAAUUCAUGAAAUAUUCAUUUAACAGGCAAGUAAUUGCUUUUUUUAGCAACUCUUUCUGAAUGAGCCAUGUUAUUAUUCUUUUGAUGCACCAUGUAGCUAUUACUUAAACUAAAAAAUAUUCAACAUUUUUGGGCCUAAUUUUUCAUAGAAAUAGGUUAAUGUGAAUUAAUCUUGGAUUAAAUAUCUUUUUAUUAUUAUUUGAAGUUUUAUAAAUAACAUGUGUUACUCUGUUUGGCAGAGAGAAACUGAUGCCCAAGUUAAUGAAAUUCAGGUUCAACAGUAAAGGUUUUCCAAUGCUUCCCUUGGGAGAUAUUUGUUCUGUCUUGGAUGUGGACAAGACUGCACUUCUCAGGCAAUCUAGUUAUAGCUGUCAUUGACAGCCAUCAUUUGUACUCACUCUGUAUUAUUCUUUCUUGAAAUCAAAGAUUGCAGUUACUUUUGUGAAAUGAGUAGACAUAAGAUAACUUUAAAAUAGUUUAUAAGUCAAUCCCCUGCUCUUAAACACUUACUGACAUCAACUAAAAAUCUUUCCUCCAGUAAUAGCUUCACUCUCUAUAACCAUGAUUUAAAUAUUAUUGUUUUAGGGAAACGCUUGACAUUGGAAAACUAUUAUCGGCGGCCCAACUCCUGUCGGGAAUCCAUAAUUUUGAGUCUUUCACGGCAAACAGGAAGUCUGAUGAUGUGUAUCAGCCGCAUCCUGUCAAAAUGCUGACCAUUGGCGUGAAACGGGGACAGCCAUUUGGUUUCCCGCUGCAAGGCCAUGACUAUAAAGUGAAUGAGGUGCUAGAGUUCUGGGACAUUCACGUACAAUCAAAGUCGUUUUUAUACAGACAGGUGAAUAAUAAGCAUGCCUGUUCUCUUUUAACUUAAAUUAAAUUUUUUGGCUUACAAGCUUAACAAUUUAAAUUUACAUUUAUGUAUUCAUUUUGGGUUAUGGCAAUGUGUAUGACAUUUUAUAACUCUGUGAAUCGUUUAAGUCAAUGUCUGUGUCUGGAAUACCUUUGUUCCAGGUGCGCAGGGUUGUUGGGGCCAUGGUACUUGUAGCAAAAGGCGCUAUCCAACUUUCUGACCUGCAAGACAUUUUAGAAAACCCACAGAAAGAUUUUAAAUUCUCUGGGCAAAUGGUGAUGAAUGAGGCAGGUCUGUACCUGCUUGACGUGAAAUACAAUCCGAAAGGUAAAAACUGAGUUUUUAUGUGACAUUAUUUCAGUUUAUCCUGAUAAGGUUAACAUGGCAAGGCCAUUUGUGUAGUUUAUCCUGAUACAGUAAACAUGGUGAGACCAUUUAUAUCAUGUAAAUAAAUGUAAUAAUUUAUAUUAAAUUAAAUAAAGUAUUUCCCGCGGAGCAGGCAGCAUAAUAACCAUUUUUUUUUUAAGCAUGAAACAAAACAUUACCUCACAUGCUCGCUGUAAAAAACAUUAGACUGGUAAACAUUAAACCACUUAAAAUUUUUUUUAGCAUUGUUGUGAUACUUGUAACUAUUGUUGUGAUACUUGUAACUAUUGUGAUACUUGUAAUUGCCAACAUGUUCAUAACAAAAAUACUAUCAACAUUCCACUAAUAACUUUUAACAGUUGGUUUGAACAAAACAAAAAAAUUGGGGGGACAUUUAGAACUAAAUCGUAAUUUGGCCUGCGUUAGCCUACAGCAAGUCAUUAAGAAAGUAGCUGUACACAUAUUUAUUUUCUUUCACAGAUUUAAUAUUCAGCCCCACAAAAUCCACUGAAGCAUCUGCAUCUGGCCUGUUGUGUGAAAAGGAAGAAGAAAUGGCAGAAAAACCAGUUGAUGGUUUGGAUGAGGACUCAACAUCAGAUUUUGAUAAUCUGAGACCCAGGCCUGAAGUGACAGCAUCCGAAACAGAUAUUUUGAUACCCGAGGCUGCAGUGACGGCUGAUCCAGACCAUCAGUUGACAGCUAUAAAAUAAUUAAUUUGUUGCCUUCAUUGUUGUUGAAAUGUAAUAAAAGUGUUUUUAAGA